AGGCUCCGCCGAUCCCAAGAAGCGGGUCCGUUUCCGCCUCUGAGUCGCGGGAGCCGGUUAGCCGGGACGGACGGACAGGAGGCGGGCGAGCGCAGCCGGAGUCCGACUGCACGUUAAGCCAUGGCAGCCAUCAGGAAAAAGCUUGUGAUUGUGGGAGACGGUGCCUGCGGGAAGACCUGCCUGCUAAUUGUGUUCAGCAAGGACCAGUUUCCAGAGGUCUAUGUACCAACCGUCUUUGAGAACUACAUUGCUGACAUUGAAGUAGAUGGGAAACAGGUGGAGCUGGCGCUCUGGGACACAGCUGGGCAGGAAGACUAUGACAGGCUGCGGCCCCUUUCUUACCCAGACACGGAUGUUAUUCUCAUGUGCUUCUCCAUUGACAGUCCGGACAGUUUAGAGAAUAUACCAGAGAAGUGGACCCCUGAAGUGAAGCACUUCUGCCCCAAUGUGCCCAUCAUCCUUGUGGGAAACAAGAAGGACUUGCGGAAUGAUGAACACACCCGCAGGGAGCUAGCCAAGAUGAAACAGGAGCCAGUGAAGCCGGAGGAAGGGAGAGACAUGGCAAACAGGAUCAACGCUUUUGGCUACCUUGAGUGCUCAGCCAAGACGAAGGAUGGCGUGCGGGAAGUGUUCGAAAUGGCCACCCGGGCUGCCUUGCAAGUCCGGAAGAACAAAAAGCGCAAAGGCUGCCCCCUUCUGUGAAAGGAGAGCAUCAGCAAGGGAUGUGACUGUACUGUCUGAAGUAUACCUGUCUCUUUCCACACACCCUACGGAUACGAGUGUGGGGUUAAGGUGGGGAGAAGAGCUGUUAGCUCUGCCUAGAGUAAGAAUUUAACAGGCCAGCUGUGCCCUUCACUCCUCUUCACAGUGAGAGUCACCCGGGAUGCAGCGUAGGUAUCUCGCGGUCUUUCUUUCUGCUCUGUCACCAGCCCACCCUGUGCUUGAGGGCCAGAAAUAACACUUGAAUCCUUUUUUUGUAAA